CAGGGGAACUGUACUCUGGCAAGAUGCUCUCUGUCUGGUGUGGCUGGGAGCCAGGGACUGGCUUACACCAACAGCAGGAAGCUUGUAGUAAAUAGCACCAGUGUCUUCACUGUCCGUUACUUCAGAACCACUGCAGUACGUAGGGAUGACGUGGUUACGGUGAACACACCAGCCUUUGCAGAGUCAGUCACAGAAGGCGAUGUCAGGUGGGAGAAAGCUGUUGGAGACACAGUGGCGGAAGAUGAAGUGGUGUGCGAGAUUGAAACAGACAAGACAUCAGUGCAAGUUCCAGCCCCAGCAGCUGGUGUGAUUGAAGCCCUUCUGGUACCCGAUGGUGGCAAAGUGGAAGGGGGGACACCUCUGUUCAAACUCAGGAAAACUGGAGCUGCUCCUGCCAAGGCCAAGCCAGCAGCAGCCCCUCCUCCUCCUGCAGCCCCUGAACCUGUAACUGUGGCUGCUCCUCCCCCUGCUGCAGCACCAAUUCCCACUACAAUGCCACCAGUGCCACCUGUGUCAACUCAGCCCAUCGACAGCAAGCCAGUGUCUGCGGUGAAGCCGGCUGCAGCCCCAGCGGCAGCCCCUCCUGGGGAGGCAGCGCCCAGCAAAGGUGCCAGAUCAGAGCAUAGGGUGAAAAUGAAUAGGAUGCGUCAGCGUAUUGCUCAGCGGCUGAAAGAGGCUCAGAAUACUUGUGCCAUGCUGACCACUUUCAAUGAGAUCGAUAUGAGCAACAUCCGGGAGAUGAGAGCCGUACACAAGGAUCCCUUCCUGAAAAAGCACAACCUGAAGCUAGGUUUCAUGUCAGCUUUUGUGAAAGCUGCAGCUUUUGCUCUGCAGGACCAGCCUGUUGUGAAUGCAGUGAUUGAUGACACAACCAAAGAGAUUGUGUACAGGGACUAUGUGGACAUCAGUGUCGCUGUAGCAACUCCCCGGGGUCUUGUGGUCCCUGUUGUUAGGAAUGUAGAAAACAUGAAUUUUGCUGACAUAGAGCGUGCUAUCUACGACUUGGGGGAGAAGGCACGGAAAAAUGAACUGGCCAUUGAAGACAUGGAUGGCGGCACUUUCACGAUCAGCAACGGAGGGGUUUUUGGGUCACUCUUUGGGACGCCUAUCAUUAACCCACCCCAGUCUGCCAUCUUAGGCAUGCAUGCCAUCUUCGACAGGCCUGUGGCUGUAGGAGGCAAGAUCGAGGUGCGGCCCAUGAUGUACGUGGCACUGACGUACGAUCACCGGCUGAUUGACGGCAGAGAGGCAGUGACUUUCCUGCGCAAGAUCAAGGCAGCGGUGGAGGAUCCCCGCGUGCUGCUGCUCGACCUGUAGAGCAGCCACACCCCCACGCAACCCACCCAGGGCAGGGCCGCAGCACCAGCAGGGGCGAUGCAGGGCAUUCAGGAACUGGCAGAGGUCAUUGCAGUCUCCUUCCCUCCGCUGUGAUCGGAGCUUUCCCGGUGGGAGUUGUGGAGAUAGCUCCUACCUCCUUUCCUGUUCUGUUUAAAGAAGGUUCAGUUUCUCACAAGGAUUGCUACGCAGUGGGCCAACCACUGAAUGGCACUGCCUUUCCAGAGCCAUCUAUAUGGCAUCCUCUCCCUCACAGCACCAAACCCUCACCUCUAGCUUGUGGAAACUGCUUGCUGUUGCUGUGCUAGGGUACCCUUCCCUGCCGCUCCAAGGCAGGUUCAGCUUUAUUUCCUAGCACUGAGGUUCCUGGGAGGGAGAGGAGCGGAAAGGCUACUUGUUCUGUCCCUGUUUUGCCUGAAAAUAUUUCACACUCAUCUGCCUUGCAAGGGCAGUCUGGGGAUGCCCAGGCCGCUUGCAGCAGAGGUUUUGAUCAGAGCAGGGUUUGAGGUAGGUGUCAUGCCUCUGGCAGUGCCCUAGUUACACUCCC